AUGGGGACUCGAAUUUUACAAAGAGUUAUUGCGCCUGCUUUAAUAAACUCGUUUAAACCAUAUCGACAUAAUGUUACACAAGUUAAGGAAAGGGUAGUUUGUCUCAAUACAGCAUUAAACAAAUCUAUUAUUAGAACUUAUGCUAAGAGCAAAGACAGGGGGAAGGAUAAAAAGGAUAAAGGAUUGAAAGUACAAGUGGACCCAAUGUUAAUGUCGGAACUCAUUCCAGUAGAUAAAAUGAAAGAAAGAUGCAUUGCCACAAUUGACAGAAUGAAGGAAGAUUAUGCAAAAAACUUAUCACUACGUUCCACAACAGGCUCUAUAGAGUCCUUGAUAGUGAAAUUUGAAGGAAAAGACCAUGAACUACAAGAAUUAGCCCAAAUCAUUCGUAAGAACCCAAAAACUAUGGUAAUUAACUUUGCCUCAUUCCCUCAAGCAAUACCUCAUGCCUUAAAAGCAAUUCACAGUUCUGGACUUAAUUUAAACCCACAGCAAGAUGGAACAACUCUUUAUGUACCUGUGCCAAAAGUCACUAAAGAACAUAGAGAGGCAUUAGCAAAAAAUGCUAAAGCUUUGUACAUAAAAUGUAGGGAUGCCCUGAAAGAUGUACAAAAUGAUUUUAUUAAAAAAGCUAAAAAACACACAAGUGUAUCGGAAGAUUUAGUAUUCAGUGUAACAAAACAAAUCAUAGCUUUUUGUGAUGAAUAUCAAAGUAAAGCAAAGAAUAUUUAUGAAACAAAGCAUAAUGAACUUGUUGGAAAAUAA